GACCAGCCACAUCAGCAGCACCUCCCCAUGCACGACGACAACGCCGGGAGCGCCCCUUGUACUCUUGAACCGGGAUGAAGUAGGGAAUUCGAUAAGUCAAGAUGUCUGACGCCGAUUUCGAGACGAUCAAGAAGCUCCAGCAGGAGCGAAAUGCUGCUGCUGCCGCGAAGAAGGGCUCGCGCACCUUCGACGCCUCAAACCAACGAGCCGACUCGACAAAGCAGAAGCUCACUGACAGCGCCGACAAUGAUCUCUACGAUCGCGAUUCAGGCGACAAGUUUGCUGGAUAUCAUGCCUCCUUGCCGAUGGGCGGCGAGGAUGAGGAUAUGGAGGGCACCGACAACACGCGCCGACUUGUUGGACAAUACACUGCGUCGCGAGAGAUGAUCGACGAGUUUGCCCGGGGAAGCGGUGUUGAGGAGGAUGAUCCCUUGGCCGGCCGAGGCGAGAAGAGCGGCCGCAUUGCCGACCGCGAGACUGAUUAUCAGAAACGUCGCUUCAAUCGCGUUCUCACCCCGACGCGCGCCGACCCUUUCGCAGAGAACCGCAAGGCUGGUGCAUCCGAAAACGGCACCAGCUACCGCGAGGUUAUGGAAGCCCGAGACCUCGAACGAGAGGAGGAACGCGUCCGACGAGCCAUCCAGGCAAAACAAGAGGGCCAACCCGAUGGCGACGAUGCGCAGCCUAUGUUGACCGAGGGAGAUAAGGAGAACGCUGAAGCGGGCUCAACUGAGGCCGUGGCUGCUGGGAGGAAGCGCAAGAAGAGAUGGGAUGUUGCAUCGACCCCUGUCGAUGAGGAGGAGGGCAAGUCUGAAGCCGGCGACGCUGCCAAGUCUAAGCGUUCGCGAUGGGACCAAGCACCUGCUAUUGCUGCGCCUGGUGCAGAUGCUGCCAAGAAGCGCUCUCGCUGGGACCAAGCCCCAUCUGCCACCCCGAUGGGAAACCAAGGGCUUGCCACCCCAAUGCACCAGUCGUCUGCCGCUGCCAUGCCGACCACCUUCGGAACGGACAUCUCCGGUCGCAACAUGCCUCUUAGCGAUGAAGAGCUCGACAUUCUUCUCCCAGGCGAGAACGAAGGCUACAAGACCCUUGAUCCACCUCCAGGAUAUGAGCCUGUCCGCGCUCCCGCCCAUAAGCUCAUGGCCACACCGGCUGCGCAGACCGGAUUCAUGAUGCAGGAUCCUGAGCAAGUGCGCCUGAGCGGAAAGCCUAUGCCUGCUGAGAUCCCUGGUGUUGGCGACCUUCAGUUCUUCAAACCGGAGGAUAUGGCAUACUUUGGAAAGCUUACCGAUGGUUCCGACGAGAACGUUCUCACCGUUGACGAGCUGAAGGAGAGAAAGAUCAUGAGGUUGCUUCUCAAGAUCAAGAACGGUACUCCGCCGAUGCGAAAGACUGCUCUUCGACAAAUUACCGACAACGCCAGGCCGUUCGGAGCCGGGCCCCUGUUCGACCAGAUUCUUCCCUUGCUCAUGGAGAAGACGCUGGAGGACCAGGAGCGUCAUCUGUUGGUCAAGGUCAUUGACAGAAUCCUUUACAAGCUCGAUGACCUCGUGCGACCAUAUGUUCACAAGAUCUUGGUAGUUAUCGAGCCCCUCCUUAUCGACCAAGAUUACUACGCAAGAGUCGAAGGUCGUGAGAUCAUAUCCAACCUCAGCAAGGCCGCUGGUCUUGCUACAAUGAUCAGCACUAUGAGACCCGAUAUCGACCACGUCGACGAAUACGUCCGAAACACCACCGCCAGAGCCUUCGCUGUCGUGGCUUCCGCUCUCGGCAUCCCAGCUCUACUACCAUUCCUGAGAGCCGUCUGUCGAAGCAAGAAGUCAUGGCAGGCUCGCCAUACCGGUGUCAAGAUUGUACAGCAGAUCCCUAUCCUCAUGGGCUGUGCCGUCCUUCCCCACUUGAAGGGACUGGUGGAUUGCAUUGGACCCAACCUCAACGACGAGCAAACGAAGGUGAGGACCGUGACCAGUCUUGCUAUCGCGGCUUUGGCAGAGGCAUCCAACCCAUAUGGUAUUGAGAGUUUCGAUGACAUCUUGAACCCGCUAUGGACAGGUGCCCGCAAGCAGCGAGGAAAGGGGUUGGCCGGCUUCCUCAAGGCUGUUGGCUUCAUCAUUCCUCUGAUGGAUGAAGAGUACGCCAACUACUACACCAGCCAGAUUAUGGAGAUUUUGCUUCGCGAGUUCUCGUCCCCGGAUGAGGAAAUGAAGAAGGUCGUCCUCAAGGUUGUGUCCCAAUGUGCGGGAACGGAUGGUGUGACAGCUGGAUACCUCAAGGAGCACGUUUUGGACGAAUUCUUCAAAAGCUUUUGGGUAAGGCGGAUGGCCUUGGAUAAGCGCAACUACAGACAGGUGGUGGAGACGACAGUUGAUAUUGGCCAGAAGGUCGGUGUGAGCGAGAUCGUGGAGAGGGUUGUCAACAAUUUGAAAGACGAGAGCGAGGCGUAUAGAAAGAUGACGGUCGAGACGGUGGAGAAGAUUGUGGCCAGCUUGGGUGCUGCUGACAUUGGUGAGCGACUGGAGGAACGCCUUGUUGAUGGUAUCCUCCAUGCGUUCCAGGAACAGAGCGUCGAAGACAUUGUUAUGCUCAAUGGAUUCGGCUCUGUCGUAAACGCCCUCGGAACCCGAUGCAAGCCAUACCUGCCACAAAUUGUCAGCACCAUCCUUUGGCGGCUGAACAACAAGUCUGCCACCGUUCGACAACAAGCUGCCGAUCUCAUUUCUCGGAUUGCCAUGGUCAUGAAGCAGUGUGGCGAAGAUGCUCUCAUGGGCAAGCUAGGCAUUGUUCUUUACGAGUACCUCGGAGAAGAGUACCCUGAGGUCCUCGGUUCCAUCCUCGGUGCUCUGCGGUCCAUCGUCACUGUCGUGGGUAUCUCGCAGAUGCAACCCCCUAUUAAGGACUUGCUACCGCGACUGACUCCCAUCCUGCGAAACCGUCACGAGAAGGUACAGGAGAACACGAUUGACUUGGUCGGCCGUAUCGCAGAUCGUGGACCCGAGAGUGUCAAUGCCCGAGAAUGGAUGCGAAUCUGCUUCGAGCUGCUCGACAUGCUCAAGGCUCACAAGAAGGGCAUUCGACGAGCAGCCAACAACACCUUUGGUUUCAUUGCCAAAGCUAUUGGCCCUCAGGAUGUCUUGGCUACCCUCCUUAACAACCUCCGAGUUCAGGAGCGUCAGUCUCGUGUCAACACCGCCGUCGCCAUUGGUAUCGUCGCUGAGACUUGCGCUCCCUUUACCGUUCUACCCGCGCUGAUGAACGAGUACCGUGUUCCCGAGCUCAACGUCCAGAACGGUGUGCUCAAGUCUCUCUCUUUCCUUUUCGAAUACAUUGGCGAGAUGGCCAAGGACUACGUCUACGCUGUGACUCCCCUGCUUGAGGACGCCCUCAUCGACCGAGACCAAGUCCAUCGUCAAACUGCCGCUUCGGUUGUCAAGCACAUUGCGCUUGGCGUCGUGGGUCUCGGGUGUGAGGAUGCCAUGGUGCAUCUCCUCAACUUGCUGUACCCCAAUCUAUUCGAGACCAGCCCGCACGUUAUCGAUCGCAUCGUGGAGGCCAUCGAGGCCAUUCGUGUGGCGGUCGGUCCGGGUUUGGUGCUCAACUAUGUUUGGGCUGGACUGUUCCAUCCAGCAAGGAAGGUCAGGACGCCGUACUGGCGACUGUAUAAUGAUGCGUAUGUACAUGGAUCAGAUGCCAUGGUGCCCUAUUACCCCAACCUAGAUGAGGACAAGGUGGAUCGGCCAGAGUUGGCGAUUGUGCUGUAAGAGUUUGGAUAGGGAGGCUUUGGGACUGGUGAUGGGAGAGCUUUUCGUUGCUGUUUGCUCUGAGGAGGCUUGUAAUCUGGGACUAUGGUGUGGAUUGCGAGGGAAGCAUGCGCCGGGGCGUUCUGAUAGAUGAUCACAAUGGCUUCACUGUACUGAAUUACAUUUAAAAUUGAAUCUUUACAUAUA